AUGCACGAAGAAAAGAGCAAGGACUUCCUCCAGAAGGACAUUCUCGAGGCGUCGCCCUUCACAGAGGCCGUCAAGGUCGGAAGUCUCGGAGUCUUCGCGGGAGCUCUCAGCAGUGCCGCCUUUCAAUGGUGGAUCGCAGCACCACGGCAUGAAGUGCUUAAGGAGGCCGGCAGAGGGGCGGGAUUCUUCGGUGUUGCCGGUGCCGCGUUCUACGGAACACAAGUAGCGGUCGCACAGUUCAGGGAGAAAGACGAUAUGUGGAACGCGCCAGUGGGAGGAGCAGUCGUUGGUGCAUUGAUUGGUCUGCGAUCGGGAAAGCUGAGCCACGUAGUUGCGCACUCCAUAUUCUUACCGAUCAUCAUCGCCGGCGCCGAAUGGGCAAGGUUGGAAACAUCACUUGCACGAGGCGAGAAGAAACCCGACGAUGGAUUCUUCAAAUGGCCGCGGAGAGACCCGUACAAGCAGCGUUGGGAGGAGAUUCAGAAGAAGGACCAGGAGAAGGGUGCGGCGAUAUAG